AUGCAUUUAUUACAAAGGACAAUGCUAUACAAUCCGGUGAGCAAAUUUCCAAUGCACGAAACAGUGGUUGCUUGUAUUCUUGUAUCCUGUAAAGCUGUUGAUACUCCAAAACGAGUUAGGGAAAUUAUCAGCACGGCACACAAACUAAAAUCCAAUCAACCAGGUUUUGUACCGCUGACACCUAGCCAAGUUGACGAGAUAAAGAUGUCAGUGAUCUCCUUGGAACGACAGAUACUAGAAACAGUUGGGUUUGACUUUAGGAUAAGAAUUCCACACCAAUAUAUUGUCAAGCUAUGCAAAACAUUAGGCGUUUCGGAUAUCAUGGUUGGAAAAAUUUCUUGGGUGGUAGCCACGGAUAGUUUUAUGACUGAUGCUCCUAUGAAAUAUCCAGCUCAUACGAUAGCCCUAUCAUGUAUUAUCCUGUCUGCAAAGCUCAAAGAAUUGAAGUCAAUCUUUCCUAUCGAUUCUGAUAAAUUAUUGUCUCCCAGGCGUGUGGUAAACCAGUGUCUGACUGAUAUUUUGGAUUUUUAUAUCAACUACCUGCAAACGUCACAACUCAGGGCCUUAUCGUCGUCUCCUGAAUUUAAUCUUUCUCUUCUCUCUGUACCAACGUUCAUGAAUAUCCGAAUGGCUAUUAGUCGGGAGCUGUCUAAAAUACGUGCACCUGAGCCCGAUCCAGCAACAUUCAACGGGCUUCAAAUCCGCGACCCGAAAGAAUCAGAUAUUGGAACUGUGAGAUAUGUUCUCAAUUGGGAGUUAGAACAUGUCAAGGGAGAGCUGAUUUCGUGA